UUACUUUAUCUCAAAUUUUUACUUCACUAUACGACGACUUACAAAAUAUCAUGAAGUCUCUUCUUCUCCUUGCCGUAUUCCUUUCUUUCUUCUUUGGCUCUCUCUUGGCUAGGAAUUUACCAACUCCCUCCCAUCCAAGUCAUCAUCAUGUGGGAAUGACCAGGACAUUGAAGCGUCAGAGGAGGAGGCCGGACACCGUGCAGGUGGCUGGGUCUAGGUUGCCAGACUGCGCACACGCGUGUGGCUCAUGCUCCCCAUGUCGUCUUGUGAUGGUUAGCUUUGUGUGUGCAACUUUGGAAGAGGCUGAGACUUGUCCAAUGGCUUAUAAGUGCAUGUGCAACAAUAAGUCCUAUCCCGUCCCAUGAUCAGCUAGCCUCUAUCCUAUUUUAUUUUACGCAUUCGACCGUUUUGUUUUCCUUUUUCCU